AUGAUUCGAACUCGUGGGGUAAAGGAGUCGGUGGUUGCAAGGUUGCACGGCCGUGGCAUUGAGGUAGGUAGGAAGAUGGAUGGAUCCACUGAGCGGCACGGCCCCGCCAGGAACGUGGCGAAUCAGCAGCUCUACACUAGCUGA